CUAAAUGAACAGAGAUGUCUUACGAUCCUGGCAUCAUGUGAAACCACAUCUGGUAAUACUGAAUGAAAAGAAUAUGAUCGUUCAGAUGGAAGGAUAACCUGAGACCUGGCACAGGACAUACGGAUUCCUCAGCUGACUCCUGCAAUGAAAUCUGGCCGGUGAUGCAGUGAGCAAAAUGCAUGCUCACAUCAUUUAUCACAGAGACACUGCUAUGAGGGACACCUGAAGAUUUAUUUUUGUUUUUAUUUGACUGGAGCGAUGUCUUUCGUGGUUAUUGUGGUACCAGUAGAUUCACGUGAAAUUGUGUUGAAUUUAUAACGGACGCAACACGUUGAUUAAUCAUCAGGAGCUCAAGGUGUCAUUCAGCCUUCAUACAUGGGAUGACAUCUGGGCGUUUGUCCUGUCCCAUCACCCCCCGCCCCAUCUCCUGUCUGUCUGUGGGGUCCUGACAGCAGCCGCUCAUGAGACGCUUUGUGUAUUGUAAGGUGGUACUGACCACCUCUCUGGUGUGGGUGCUGAUGGAUGUCUUCCUGCUGCUGUACUUCAGUGAGUGCAACAAAUGUGACAACAAGAAUGAUGGCUCACUGCUGCCUGCACUCAGAGCGGUGAUGUCUCGCACACACGAGGCACCAGGUGAAAUGGGGAAGGCAGUGAUCAUUCCUAAAGACGAGCAGGAGAAGAUGAAGGAGCUCUUUAAAAUCAAUCAGUUCAACCUGAUGGCCAGUGACAUGAUCGCACUCAACAGAAGUCUGCCUGAUGUCAGACUGGAUGGCUGUAAGACUAAGACAUAUCCAGAUGACCUGCCAAACACCAGCAUUGUGAUUGUGUUUCAUAAUGAGGCAUGGAGUACACUACUGAGAACCAUACACAGCGCUUUAAACCGCUCACCACGACACCUGCUGCUGGAGAUACUGCUGGUGGAUGAUGCCAGUGAGAGAGAUUUUCUGAAGAAGAAAUUGGAAGACUAUGUUGCGACUCUGGAAGUUCCAGUGCGGAUUUUGAGGAUGGAACAACGAUCGGGUUUGAUUCGAGCACGGCUGAGAGGAGCGGCCGCCACACAAGGACAGGUCAUCACCUUCCUGGACGCCCACUGUGAGUGCACUGUCGGGUGGCUGGAGCCACUACUGGCCCGCAUCAAAGAGGACCGGAGAGCUGUGGUCUGCCCUAUCAUUGAUGUCAUCAGUGAUGAGUCAUUUGAGUACAUGGCCGGCUCUGAUAUGACCUAUGGCGGUUUCAACUGGAAACUGAACUUCAGAUGGUAUCCGGUUCCUCAGAGAGAGAUGGACCGGCGCAAAGGAGAUCGUACCCUCCCUGUCAGAACGCCCACAAUGGCUGGAGGUUUGUUCUCUAUUGACCGCACGUAUUUUGAAGAGAUUGGCACGUAUGACUCAGGCAUGGACAUAUGGGGAGGAGAAAAUCUGGAGAUGUCCUUCAGGAUCUGGCAGUGUGGUGGAUUUUUAGAGAUAGUCACAUGUUCUCAUGUUGGACAUGUAUUCCGGAAAGCCACACCCUACAGCUUCCCUGGUGGAACUGGUCAGGUGAUCAACAAGAACAACAGACGAUUGGCUGAAGUCUGGAUGGAUGAGUUCAAAGAUUUUUUCUACAUCAUCUCACCAGGUGUGGUUCGGAUGGAUUAUGGAGAUGUCUCCUCUCGGAAGGCUUUAAGGGGGGCUCUGAAGUGUAAACCCUUCUCAUGGUACCUGGAAAACAUUUACCCUGACUCUCAGAUUCCACGCCGAUAUUACUCACUCGGAGAGAUCAGAAAUGUUGAGACCAACCAGUGUGUGGAUAACAUGGGCCGCAAAGAGAAUGAAAAGGUUGGUUUUUUCAACUGUCACGGAAUGGGCGGCAACCAGGUGUUCUCAUACACAGCUGAUAAAGAGAUACGUACAGAUGAUCUGUGUCUGGAUGUGUCACGGCUUAAUGGACCUGUUGUCAUGCUGAAGUGCCACCACAUGAAGGGGAACCAGAUGUUUGAAUAUGAUGCAGAGCGGCUGACUCUGCUGCAUGUGAACAGUAACCAGUGUCUAGACAUGCCAUCUGAGGAGGAUAAGAUGGUGCCCACUCUCAGAGAAUGUAAUGGCCGGCGCUCACAGCAGUGGAUCCUCAGGAACAUGACGCUAAGUGUUUGACAGAGACGCUAACAACCAGUACAGACAUGAACCUUGAGCUGGUUUAUGGCCAUCUUUACAGUGCUAUGUACUGUAGUUUUCUGGUCCUUGAUCAAGUCCUGCCAGCCUUUGAUCAGAGCCCAUUUUCUGACUCAUUACAGUCUGCAGUACAGACAGGACUGGAUCAUGGUCCUACAAGGCCCCUGGGCACUUGUCUGAGGUCAGAUCUCAUGGCCGGCCGAGGUUUAAAUGCUUGCUGCCUCUGAUCCGAGCAUUUGUUGCUGGCUAUAUCUGCUGCUCAUCUUGUGUUGGAGAUCUGGUGCCUCUUAAAGGGAUAGUUUACCACAAAAUGAAAAUAAUGUGUUUCCAUGGAAAAAAUAACCACAUGGAACCACAUGAGAACAAGGAGCGAAUUUUCAUUUUUUGGCUGAACUAUAUAUAAGUAUCCUACACAUCAUAUCUUGGACUAUAUAACUCAUAUGUUUUUUUAAGCUGGCCACUGAGGAUGUAUUGUGUGCUAUAGUGAACAUAAUGCUGGGCUCUGUUUUCUCUACAGCACCUGAAGGGAUUGUGCAUUGGUCAGUUGACUGUGUACUAAACAUACUGUAUUAUUUGCUGCUGUUUCUAUCCCAGAUGUCCACUCAUUAUCUUGACUUUCAUCCCUCUCAGUGGGGCUGCAAUAUAUACUGACAUGCCUUAAGGAAUCAUGGUGAUUAGAAAGGGAUGUAAAUAGCAAAAUAGAACAGAAACACUGAAAGCAUGCAUUGUCUGAGUAUCUGUCACAUACAAGGCAGGAUUUAAUUUAAUUAGUCAUUACUGAUUUUUUGCAAGUUUCAUUUUGACACAUCAUACCACAUAGUGCAGUUUAUGUAAUUGUGAUUUAUGAUCUUUGUGUUGUAUCUGUGAUGUGUGAAAGAUACAUAUCUAUUAGUUUGUUAUUCUUCCAUGUGAUAACUCAUAUGAUGUAUUUUAUUGAAUUCUGCAUAGUUUUAUUGAUUGUCCUUAAAGGUCAGGGGACAACAGGGCUCAACCUUAAACCUUACUGUAAAAUCUACAUUCAAAAGCUUUACACAAGUCAAGAAGCAAAAUUUUAGAUUAUUUUUUCAGAUAUGCUGUGCAAAAGAACAUUUUCAAAUCUACUUUACUGAAUUUGGUUGCAUAGAUUUAGAAAGUAUAAGUAUUUUAAAGUGUAAUGGAUAUUAACAAAAAAAAAAUAAAUAAAUAAAUAAAUAAAUGCAGAAUUUGUGCAGACAUUCACACACUUACUUUGUAAAAUAAUAUUUUUAUUUUCUUUCAGAUUGAAUCCCAAAAGGAAAUAAAUGGGGCUAUAUUUCACACUAUGAAGAAAAUUAGGCCUAAGCCUAUUAAGAAAAAAAAAAAAAAAAAUAAAGAAAAAAAAAUAAAUAAAUAAUAAUAAUAAAAAUAAAAAAAACAAUUAUAUAUAUAUAUAAAACAGCAUUUCCCAAAUUAAAUUAAACAAUGUUUAAAAGCACCAUUUUCAUCAUCUGCAUAACUCCAUGGGUGUCACUCAACUCUUUUUUCAACAUGGAACUGAUAAGAUCCCGACAGACAAAUGUACAAAAUAUUAACUAGACCUUUUUGAGCAUUUUUGUACAUAAUAACGCAAUUUUUUUUUAAAGAAUAAAUCUAAAAACCCAGUGGAAAGUUUGCAAGUGGGACAGCCUGCUAUGUCUGAAAAAUAUUUAUGGACUGUUCAGCUGUUUUCCUAAAUUGCUCUGAACACAUCUAAUGCAUCAUCAGUGUUUGUUAGUGUUCACUGUCUGUUUACCACACACCAAAUUAUUGCAUUGUAAUAUUGUUUCCUGAAAUACACACUUUUGAAUUGAGCGUUUUAAGUAUUUGUGAUCUCUCUUUAUAUUAAAUAUUUGAGAUUUUACACAUGUAUAUGCUCAAUGAAUUUAUCAGCCACUGAACAAAUUUAGUUAUUAAACAUCCAGAGUAAAGCAUCCAGAGCAGCACUACAGAGGUGUUUUAAAAGCUAAUAGUCAAGUAAUAUCUGAUUAUUGUCACAUGCAUGAUACAGACUGUACAUUUCAGUUUUUUUUUUUCAACUUGACUUUGUAUUUGUCUUAAAUGUUAACUGUUUGUACUUUUUUAUCUGAAUCUUUAUCUGUGUCAUGCAUUUAAUAGAUGAGUAUAAAAUUGAAUCUGUGACCUAUAAUAAAUCAUUGUUGAAUGAA